GCGUUUCCGCUUCCGCCACCUCCGCGUCCGCUGGUUCUUCCCGUAGUGGCGGCGUCCUCGUCGACCUCUGCACUAUGUCCAGCGGCCUCCUGAAGGCGCUGCGCAGCGACUCCUAUGUGGAGCUGAGCCAGUACCGGGACCAGCACUUCCGGAAAGGGAAUGGGAGGCUCGCUCUCCCAUUCCCCGGAAGCCGCUCCCGGUGCCUGGCCCAGUGCAGAGGCGUUCGAGCGGCGGUAGUGGCGGCUCCCGUUUUCCCGGGCUGUGCCUCGGGUGACAAUGAAGAACAGGAAAAAUUACUGAAGAAAAGCUGUACAUUGUAUGUUGGAAAUCUUUCCUUUUAUACAACUGAAGAACAAAUCUAUGAACUCUUCAGCAAAAGUGGAGACAUAAAGAAAAUCAUUAUGGGCCUGGAUAAAAUGAAGAAAACAGCAUGUGGUUUCUGCUUUGUGGAAUACUACUCAAGAGCAGAUGCAGAAAAUGCCAUGCGGUACAUAAAUGGAACUCGUCUGGAUGACCGGAUCAUUCGCACAGACUGGGAUGCAGGCUUUAAGGAGGGCAGACAGUAUGGCCGUGGCCGGUCUGGAGGCCAGGUACGAGAUGAGUAUCGACAGGACUAUGAUGCUGGGAGAGGAGGCUAUGGAAAACUGGCCCAAAACCAGUGAGCAAAAACCAUCAUGAAAAACUCACUCCUUUGGCCUGCUGAAUUUGAUGUACAUUACCUAAGGUCUGCAAACCUGCCAUUUUUACAAAUAUUUGAUCAAUGUCUCUGCUGAGCCAGACACCACUUCAUGGCUUUCCUCUGAAAAUUAUUAAAGGACAGAAGCCAAAAGAAUGCCUUUAAUUCUAGUCUUAGAAUAUUGGGCAUGUGUAAGGUUACUGGAAUGAUUUUCUUACCAGGUCAAAAAUCGUGUUCCUUGGCAACGGAGUUUAUCUAUAAUGUUGAUUUAUCAGCCAGAAACACCACACGUCUUUUAGGAAAAUUGGAAAAAGUUUACAAUUUUGUUUACUGUGUUUGUGUGUAAGCAGGUUCAUGUUCUACACAUUGGGGCCUGUAAUUACUAUUUAAAAAUUUUUUAAGUUGCCUUGAGAUAAAGUUGAAUAAAUGGAGUUUUGUGAUAUUGUA